AUGCCUUUCCGACCGCAAGUCGGAUCGACCGAAGAGCGAAACAAGGCAAAGCCUUGCGCAGAAAGGAGCAGCGAGAGUGUGGGAACUCGAAUAGAUUCAGCUGAGAAGAAAGGGGAGAGACGAGGGAUGGCACUUGAGCAGAGUAAGCAUUUGGCUUCGGAGGAGAGCGCUUCGGACAAGGUCGAACGAAAUCUGCAUGAAGACAGAGGAAUUUCAUUCCCGUCUGUCAACCCACACUCUGCCGAGGUGCCCGUGCAUACAGUCACGUCAAAGCGCGCCCCGCGUCAUCACAGCGGACCCUGUCAGUUGAUUUUUCCAGCUGUCACACACGCCCAGCUCACGCAGUUGUCCGUAGCCGAGGACCUCCUUUUGACAGAUCGGUUCAACCGCUCCUCCUCACUCUCGUCUUGGUCGGAGCUCUUCCUACAGAGAUGCCGAGCUCGGGCGGCGUUUCGAAUACGGUUGAGAUGA